AUGGCUGCCUUGCAGCACGUGAACUCCGCUACGGAGAUCACACCGCUGCUCGCGUGCGGUGGUGACUACGUCAAAAAUGGCACGCAGACGCUGUCCAUCGCGUCGGUGUACGCAACGCUGGAUGCGCUGGAGAGCCUCUGGCAGGCACAGACGGAGAAGCAGCAUCUUUCAGUCCGUGGGCACGCACAAGCUUUGCGGCACUACCACGCCGUGUACGAGGCGAGUGCGCGGUGCGUGCCUCUGUCGCUGACUCGCUGGGAGCAGUGGCUUGCUGGACUGAGCAAGCAGGGCGCACAAUCCACGGUGGGUGCCUGCCCAGAUGAGCUGUCCAGCUCGAGUUCUCCGCAAGUGGAAAGGGUGCAGAAGGAGCUUGUCGACUCCUAUUGGCACCUCUAUCGGCGGCUCUGUUGGGGCAGCUCUGGCGCUGCAAAGGCUGGACUUGCCGCUGUGCUGGAGCAUACCGACAGCGCUGCGUCGGAGCUCCCAUCUGUAAUGGCCACUGACACAGCUUCCCUUCUAGCGGAGCAGGAGGCGGCACUGGCGAAGCCUCUGCAAGCCUUUGCGCGCCUCUCCGCUGAAUCGGCACACUUGUUCGCCGAUUACCCGCUGAUCGGGAGGGUGGAGCGGCUGUGGCUCAGCGAAACAGUCUUGGCCGCCCUCGGCGAGCCUGCCGAGCCUCUUGUGGAGAUGCUCGUGAGGAGGACGUUCAAGAGAGACCUGCAGGUGCCAUCUGUUGCCCUCCCUGAGGUGCUCCGUGAGUAUGAGGAAAGCGAGAUUAAUGAGCAUAAAAUCAAGGAUAUUGUCGCCGUUGGGCAGGCGACGCUGAGCUCAUCCUGGAUGCGUGCAGCAUCUGCCCUGCACGCCCACACGAUACAUCUCACCGGCACGACUAGGCCCAAUGACGUGGGUGGGAAGCCGGAAGCCUCAUCCCCGUCUGGCGAUGCGCGGCGGAAGGAAUUAGAGGAGCAGCUGCUGAGCGUUCUGAUAAAGGUUCCGAGAGGGCAGGGGUUCCUUCCUGCGCUGGGACUUCUUAUGCAGCGGCUGAUGGAGGAGAACGCUGAGGCGUCCGCAUCUACCGGCCCGUGGUGCGGCCUGAAUGGGUCACAGACACAGUUUUACCUUUAUCUGCUGCACCAAUGGUUUGCAACGUACAUCGGCUCCCACCACCGGUGGUCCGUUACGGAUAUGUUUGCUGCCUCAGACGACGCGGACUUGUGGAUGUUUUUGCUUGACCGCCAUGCGGUGUGCCUCACAUGGGCUCUGGUGACGGAGCAGCCUGCUUUGCAGGACCCGGCGGUGUGUAUGCAUGCCGAUGCGCAGUUGGGCUACUUGAAUGUCCUUGCCACCAGUGUAGAUAAACUGCGCGCCGUGUUCUUCUCGGUGGUGCACUGUGCGCAACUCUACCACGCGUCUACCAGUGCCUUCACCAAGAUGGAAAAGCGUGAGUCGCGACUGAAGGCGGCGACAGCGGCCACGCACUCGUGGAUGAAGGAAAUCGGCGUGGAGACGUUUUGUCGCGCGCUUCUGAAUGAUUUGCUUGACGCGACCGCGCAAUGGGAGGAGGCGCAAGGUGACUACGAUGCUUGCGUGCAGCAACGCGCGCUCCUGGUAGAGGCGGAGCUGAAGCUGAUUCUGUAUGACACCAUGAUGAUGCUGCAGUGCCCGGAGCGAUCAACGCAGCGGCUCGAGAGAAUCGUGGAGGCUGCCCUGGCCAUGUGCGAUGCGUGGGGCACAUCUGAGCGGGAAUCCAGCGGCUGUACGCGUCACGAGCACCAAGACCUGGCGCUCCCUAUUAUUGGGAUGGUCGGACGUUGCCUUCAUCGUAUCUCUGCUAGCUUGCGAUGUGACGUUGCCACCGUCUCCGCCGUGUCUGAAGCGCAGGCUAGUCUCUAUCUGAGGGCUGUACAGUGGGUGAAGAGAUGCAUUGUCGCUGCGGCUGCCAUCGGUGGUGAUCUUGGCUCCCUGUGGGAUGAGUGGACGAGCUUGGUUUCUAUUCCGGUUUUUGCGGCGGAGCAGCAUUCCAGCGGAGAAUCAUCCCAUCGGCUUUAUCCCCCUGCGUUUCUGGGCUACGCUGUUCCGGCAACUGGGCGAGGACGGGCGUCUCGUCAAACUAUUGUGAGUGGCGGCCUCGACGAUGUGUGUUGGGAGCGGCGCACUGUCGCGAAAGCCGUUCGAAAAGAGCUGAGAACAGGCAUAGACGGGGGCGGCAGCGGUGACGAGCGCGUGUCAUCCUGCAUCGACACAGCGGGAUCCGGAGAGGAAGAGUCGGAGCACCCACCGCUUAAAAAGACACGUGCGGCUUGA